GGCUCGGCGGUUGUUGUAGCAACCAUACAGCGUGAACGUUGUGUCUGUGUUGUGUUGACUGUUUUUGGUGGUUCGUAAAUAGUAGCUUGAGCUUAUUGACGUGACGAUAAAUUGACCGAAAUACUACCGUGCUGUCUACGUCUAACUGACGUUUAACUGCGAGCAACUUAGAUGAAGUUAGCUUCAUUAUCGGACUCUAGCUAAAUGAGCAAAAUACGGUAACUUAACAGUAACACUGAGUAGCAGCGAGGCACAUUUAAACUGCAGAAACCCAAAUUACAUCGUUUCGCCUGUCCAUCACUGGUUUCGCGUUGUUUUCUGUUUACACACUUUGUCUUUUUAAGUAAAUAGCUGCAUCCUCAUGAUGUCGGCUGUCAGCAGCCUUGUACCUGCACGGUUCCUGACCAUCAUAGCUCACCUUGUCAUUGUGAUCACUAUCUUUUGGUCGAGGGAAAAUAAUGUGAAGGCCUGUUUGCCUUUGGAUUUCACACAAGAGCAAUAUGACAAUGAAGAUAGAAAGUUGGUGGUGGCACUAGCAGUCACUCUUGGUCUGUUUGCUAUAGAGUUAGCUGGGUUCUUCUCAGGAGUGUCCAUGUUCAACAGCAGCCAGGGGCUCCUGUCACUAGCGGUCCACUGCAGCGCCUCCGUCUCCUUGUCUUUCUUUGUGUUUGAGAGGUGGGAGUGCUGGACAUAUUGGGUUAUUUUUGCCACAUGCAGUGUGCUACCUGCCUUUGUGGAGAUUCUUCUGUUUAUUGCUGUUUUUGGACUGAAGAAGAAGCCGUUAUGAAAGACAGACCUGAUGUGAAAUAUACAAACUAGUGUGGAUGUAAUUCCACACCUCUGUUGCAGUGUACCAACAGACACCCUACCAACAGAAUGUCUGCUGUCAAUUUAAUGAUGUACAGAGGAAUGAAUUGAAAAGCGAUUUUUGAUUGUCUUCUGCACAUACACUGUAACAACAAACUAAUCUACAAGCCACUCUGUCCAGAAUGACUUUUAUAUUUUUAUAUUUUGUGGAUUAAAUUAAUGUAGAAAAGGCAUUUAUAUUAUUAUGUUUACUUGUAACGUGUCCCGAGUAAUUAGUUUUGAAAAAAUGUGUCAGAAUGUAAAUUCUUUGUUAAGAACUUAAUGCUUAUUUGUAGAUAAACAUCAAUAUACUUUUCUUUUACUGUCAGACUGUCUGUCAAAUUUUCAUGGAAAAUGAGGCUACUUUAAUCCCCAAUACAUUUUGUACAUUUUUCUGUGAAACUGUCA